AACAUAUUUCUCUUUAAUGAAAAUAGUUUAAAUUUGGAUGAUCAAGUAAUUCUAAUGGGCAGAAUUUUUUUAAAGGAAAUUGAAAAAUGUCAGAUUUAAAUAAUCUAGAGAUAAAGAAACAAUUAUAUUACAGUCUGACAGAAGGAGACAAAUGAAGAAAAUUCAAUAAAUGAUGUCUUCAUACAAAGAUCAUCUUGAUUUCAAUAAUUUUGAUGAUGAAGAAGAUUUGACAGAUGAUGAAGUAUUCACACGAGGAGGAAAAUCAAUUCCUUUAGAAGAAAAUGGAGUUAAUAAACCUCUUAUGGCUCCGAGACAUAGGGGCCGAAAUGAUAACUUGCAGACUAAAGUACGAAAGGUACCUCCAUGCCGUGUUUUGUGGGCUCCUCUUCUUUAUGGACUUAUUGCCUUGUCAGCAAUUAUUGGAAUUAUCUGUUUAAUAGUAUUUCUUAUCAACACUUUUAUGAUACCUUUGAGCUUACAAAGUAAAUUAGUACUGAAUCAUAAAAGAAAAAUGACAGUCCCUUGUACCAAUAUUACAAUUGAAGAUGUAUGGGUCCACACAUUUCCAAUGUUAACAACAGAAACAGCAGUGCGAUUAAAUGAUGUUAAUCUGGACGAUGUUCCUGAUGUUAUCAUGGGUUUUGGAACAGGUAGAAAUACUUUUUUCAUACAAUAAUAACAAUAGUAAUAAUAAUAAUAUUAUUCUUCUGCAGCUUAUUCCAAUUUAUGUGGGGGGCUGCUGCAUUUUGGGGCUGCUGCAAUUAGGGGCUGCUGCAUUUGAUGACUUCUCUUCAUUGUAUACAAUUUGUAGUCAUAUCCUUCCUCAAUCCCUAUUCCUUCAUGUCCACUUUGACUAUAUCCAUCCACCUCAUCCUUAAUCUUCCUCUACUUCAUUUUUCUCCAAUCUCCAUAUUCAUAACUUUCUUUCCAAGGUAACUUUCAUCCCUUCUCAGCCUUCCUUCUUGGGUUUUGUAGGCAGUAUCAGUUAACUAUGCUUUGAAUGUAUUUCACAUUCAUGGUUAUUGUAUACAUUAUGUCUAUCCAAAAUACAUCCAAUAUACAGUGGAACCUCAGUAUACGACCUUAAUCCGUUCCAAGUGUUUGGACUUAUACCG